AUGCCUCCCAAGAAGACCACCCGUCCCGUCCAGGAGAAUAUCUCCCUCGGCCCCCAGGUUAGAGAUGGUGAGCUCGUCUUCGGCGUCGCUCGCAUCUUCGCCAGCUUCAACGACACCUUCGUCCACGUUACCGAUCUCAGUGGCCGCGAGACCAUCUGCCGUGUUACCGGUGGCAUGAAGGUCAAGGCCGACCGUGACGAGUCCUCCCCAUACGCCGCUAUGUUGGCAGCUCAGGACGUCGCCGUCCGCUGCAAGGAGCUCGGCAUCAACAGCCUGCACAUCAAGAUCCGCGCCACGGGUGGUAACGGCACCAAGACCCCCGGCCCCGGUGCCCAGUCUGCCCUCCGCGCCCUCGCCCGUUCCGGCAUGAAGAUCGGUCGUAUCGAGGACGUCACCCCUACUCCUUCCGAUAGCACCCGCAGGAAGGGUGGUCGCCGCGGUCGUCGUCUCUGA